AUUCACCCAAAACCGCGUGCACCACGAAAAGAACCCCAAUUCGACAAACCCUAGCCACUGCUUGAAGAUGCUUCUCUCGCCGGGCCAUUCUCCGCGGCAUGUUUCUUCGCCAUCCCCGUCUCCAUCUCCUUAUUCCGAUUUCGCCCUCCAAAAUCCUCCUGAUGGCUCUUCCAUCACCCCUGAAAACCCUAGGAAGAAGGCCAAAGUUCUUGACGAGGACUCCUACGUCGCGGCGAUCGAAAAGAUCAUCGAGCGCGAUUAUUUCCCCGAUAUAGCGAAGCUCAAGGACAGGCUCGAUUGGUUGGAGGCAGUCAAGACAGGAGAUCCGGUUCAAAUCCGAGAUGUCCAAUUGAAGAUUAUCGAGCGGCGUGGCAGAAAGGUAAAUACUGCUAGCUCUGAGCGCAAAUCGCAAACCCCUGGUUCUACUUUUGCUAGAAAUUUUACUCCUUUCGAUGAAUUUGAUAGUAAAACCUCAAGAACCCCUGGUGUUGUUCCCAUUAUGGAAUUAUCUGGUAGUGGAGAAAGUAGGAAGGAUGAUGAUGAGGUAGAUGCUUCCCUGUCGUUAGAUGAGUUCUUCAGGAGGUAUACUAGCGAGGAUAAUGAUAGUUUUUCAAGGAUUUUGGAGAAGGUGAACAAGAAGAGGAAGGAGAGGUAUGGGUAUUUGCUGGAAUGUGAGAAGGACGAGGUUAAGUCAAUUGAAGAUGCUAAGAGAGAUAGAAUAACAGACGGGUAUGGUACGUCUGAUCAGCCUCCAAGUACCUUGGAAGGAUGGAAAUAUACUGCCAAGAACUUGUUGAUGUAUCACCCCUCUGACAAUGGUGAGGCACCAUUGACUGAAGGGGAACGAGCAGUGAGAUUGAAGGGGUUGACCAAGGAGAUUAACAUAUCAAACACAAGGUUUCAUGGUAAAAUGAUGGAUUCUAGGCCCAGAGACGAUGGGACAGUAGAGGUACUUUAUACCCCUGUUGUUGGCGGAACUCCACUGCCGGUGUCAGAUAGAUUUGGAGAUAAGUCAAAGAAGUAUGAUUUGGAGGAUUUGAGGAAGACACCAAAUCCUUUUUAUGUGGAGUCAGGGAAGAAAGCUGAGAAUGGGUAUAGCUUUGUCAAGACUCCAUCUCCAGCACCAGGUGCUGAUGAAUCCCCAUUUAUCACAUGGGGUGAAAUUGAAGGGACUCCACUGAGAUUGGACCCAGAGGACCCGCCAAUUGAUAUUAGCGGCAGUGCUGAAGGUCCACAUUACAGGAUUCCAUGUGCUCCUGCACGAGAUGUGAAGGCUCACUCAUUAUCGAGAGAGGCUGCACGUAAAUUGAGAGAGCGAUCUAGUAUGUUUCAGAAACCACCAUUGCCAUCUCCACAUCGAGGGGGAAGUGCUAGUCCAAGUGUGCGGACACUCUCACCUGCAGCCCAGAAGUUCUUCAGGAAAGCAAUAGCCAAGUCUUCAUCUUCAGUGGAUGAAACACUGCGUGCCACUUACCGAGGUGGAAGCCCUGGAUUUGGCACUCCUAAAGGUGCAAGAAGUGUGUCAAGAUUUGGAAGAGAUGCUAGCUUGAGUACCAGAUCUCCCUCAAUAAGGGAAGGUUCCAGCCCUCGCUGGUAGUAUUUUUUUUUUUUUGUCCCUUGUAUUUCAUUAGCCUGUAAUGUUGUUUGUAUGUCCCAAAACUCUAAUGCACAUGAAAAUGCUAACUCAAGCUCCUUGUUGGUUAAAUCAUAAAUAAGUAAAGAAAAGCAUUUUUUUUGA